ACCCUGAGGUUGUGAGCUUUUUUCCCCCUUUUGAUCGCCAGGGCGACCGACAAAGCAGAUCUGCGUCGCCAGAUCUGUCCACUGCCAUUCCAUCUGGCCUCAGCUGUGCUGAUCCACCAGGCUGCAAAGACACUUGCAAUGAGAUGAGUGGCCCAACCCUGACAGUUACGGCCCUGCCAACCGUCGAGCCCACCAGGCCAUUUCGCUCUUCCAGUCACUCUACUUCGCAUUCCACAUCAGAUUUGCUGUCAAAUCCCGAAACUUUCCAACCACAAUCGAACGUGGCUUCGAAGUUACACAAUCGACCAUCGAGCGCCAAAAACCUUCCUAGCCUACCUUCAUUCGAUGUACCUUCUUUCGACUUCGGCACUGACCUCGAUACUAGCUUUUCCUUCUCGAAGGAUGUCGUGAAGAGCAGUACCAAUGAGAAACCUACGCCUGAAUACAGCGAAAACAGUAUGGCUGGCCCCGAUUCCGGGUCAGCUAAGGUGCCAAAACGAAGAGCGACAAUAAGCCGACCACAGUCAUGGAUGCCUUCAUCUAGGCCAUCUCUACACCUUGUAGAAGACGCCGGAGACGCGAUGGAUACGGAGCGUCCUAAUGAAGAGGAUACUAAUGACCCUAGAUUCCUAACACCAAAGUCUCACGACAAAUAUAGAAACGUUUCGGAUUCGAUUUCUUCUCUUGCGAAGCGUUCGUGGAUGGGAUCACGAUCGCCCUCUCCUGGUGACAAGAAGGACGAUACGGAAACGACCCCAGAGGGACGACCGGGUCGUCGUGAACGAUCUGCCAGUAACAGUUCGAUCAUGAAGCUUAGGAGGUCCUCGCGGAAGCGUCCGGUGUCACCCGCCGAUAGCGAAAGCAAUAAGUCGACUGAGUCUCUAAGUAAAUUUGGAAGUUAUCUUAAUAGGAUCAAGCAACGACAGCCCGGCAUGUUGGCGAAGGGCAAAGCUCAAUAUGACCGCGAUAGUCCUGCAUCCUCGACAGCUAGCAUCGCUCCUCCGUCCACCGAAACCCGCAAGUCGCAUACGUCCGAGACGAGCAACAGUACCUUCCCAGAGGACAACGUCUUGCUGAAAAAAUUGCCGCAGUCCCGAGACCCUCUUUGGUCAGCGUUCAAGGCCCUGGAUUCAGAAUCUCACAAAUUCCAGUCGAAGUCUACAGCUCUGAAAAUGGGCAUGGUCCGAAACGUUCUGAUGCCGUUCUUAAGAAAUCACGCGAAUCAUUAUUCGAAUAAAAGGCUACACCACGAAGACCUUGAACGGCGUGCCCUUAUCUUGAAUAAAUGGUGGACUGGACUCCUUGAGCUGUUUGAGGGAAAGAUUCAACAACCUGUUGCAGGAGUUGACAGGCCUAUCCUGCUCGAGGCCUUGACUUCUCUCAUGAUGAGGCUAGAAUGGCGGCAGUGCGCCGUCAACUUCAGUCCACUCGUGGAUCGAAGUUCCGCAGAGCAACAACAAGGGCAAUCCGGACUUAGACGCAACAAGUCCUCGGCCUCCAUGGACUCGACCGACUCUGCCUACUUGGCCGAAUCUGCGAGACACAAUGUGAAAACUAUGUUUGUCACAAAUCUUGUAGCACAAAUGGCCAUCGUGGUAGAGAAGCUGUCACUUCGACACGCUCCCUUAAGUCUCGUCAAUUUUGCGGGCAAGGCUUGUGCUUAUGCCUUUUUCUUCGCGCCAGGUAUUGCCGACGUGUUAGUGCGGCUCUGGUCUUUGUCCCCGGACCGGAUACGCCGAGUGAAGGAUGAGUUCGGCCUACCGCGGCAUACUGAACGCGGAUUUGAUGACAUUGGGGCGUAUUUUCCUCAUUGCGUUGACAAGCUUGGUUGGACUUCCGUGAGGGACUUGACUAGUAUGCUUAGGCAGGCUGCUACACUACCACUUACCGCAGCCAAGAUCCCCUGGCGAGGGCCGUGGGUUUCUAGGUGGGCAGGACGUGAUACUGACCUGUUCUUCAUCUUCUGCAAAUAUUACUAUAUAUUAGUUGAAGAGUUCCUGCCCUCGGGACUGACGCUGGCUGGAAAAGCCCGUGCGCCGGGCUUUGUUCUGGUAAACGCUCAGGUGCUUACUAUUCUAGACUCGACCGUACAUCGUCAGGCGGCUGUGGACGUUAUGAUAGCGCCUCCACUUACCGACGCAAUUCACGGUGCCGAUGCGUCCGCCAUGGCCUUGCCGGUUCCCCCGAGUAGCAAUGUCAUGAAAGGAAUGAGCGAGAACCGGCUGAUAGUGCUGUUGAAGGAUUUGCUUUCCCCCGCAUCUAUGUAUUACGUGGACGCGCGGCACACAUUUGCGGAAUCAUUCAUGGCCGUUAUGAGAGCUACUGCGAAGCGAACCUCGCAGUAUGAUCACAAUGCAUGCUUCACAAUCUGUGACUUCCUCGAAGAAUCGUUGGUGGCUUACGAGAAUUUUGUCGAUUCCCAGAAUUUCGUUGACUGGCCGUUCUGGCUUGAGGUUUGCAAGAGAGUUAUGAACUCCAACAAUACGAUGUCUGAGAUUCGUGUGCUCUCAUUCAUCUUUUCAAUAUGGGAGGCUAUCGCGAGCGAUCAGUCUCGUAAGGAGGCUGUAUGUCUGGACUGGUUGCUCACAGAGGAGGUAUUUAAUAAGUUGUUCAACAACUGGUGUCCUAUGGUCCGGGCUUACUACAUGCGACUGCUAUGCUGGAGGAUAUGUAGGGACGCCGGUAGUGCAAAUGAGUCGGAUACGAGGAUAUUCCUUGCCGUUUACUCGCGUCUCAAGACCGUGUGGUCUCACUACCUUUGGUUGAAGCAUGAGACUGAGCAACAAGGCAAAUUCCCACCAUCGACCGCGCCUUCGUUCCCAACUCCUGGGAAACGAUUCAUGAUCAUCCGCACAGAGUUGCCAACUGUACAACCCGGGUUGAUGAUGGGGUUUGAUUCGUCUGCCCCCCUACCUCCGCAGAGCGAUCCCGCGACCCCAGCCACCGAUUUCGAGUCAAUGGAUUCCGUCGACUACCCUGAACCUGUCUUUCAAAAGAAGAGGGGCAGCAUCCUAGGCAAACUCUUCUCGUUUACCGGAGGCAAUACUAAUAAUGAUCUGGAAGCUGUGAGACGCGAGACGGCGGCGUCGCGCAUUCGACCUACCUUACCGCCUAAGGGCUCAUCUAACGUCACUCCGCCCGGUUCUGACUCGGAUAGCAUAGGCUCGUCGCCCACAUAUGAUGCUCUUCAGUAUGUUUUCAAGUUCACGCUGUCUUGGAACGCCGCCGGCACUAUGUCUCCUCCAAAUCGCAUCCUCACUCGACCGCGGCUGCCGAGCCCCGCACAAUCUUGGGUGACCGCAAAAGGACGAACAGGAAGUCCACCGCCGCCGUCCGCGGGCCGGCCAGCUCCGACUCGAGCAGUUUCCGGAAGCCCCAAUCCUGGGCUAGUCAACUCAGCAAAGAACGCUAAUCCCUCCGAGAUCCCGCCAUCGCCUCACCGCAUAUCUAUGGCGUUUGACCGCCGACAGAGCAUUGGCCAAUCGAGUCCCAUUGACAGACAUGAUGACGAUUUGCCUCUUAGUCCGGUGAGCUCUACUAGUCGAACUAGAGACGAUGCGUUAAAUCGAAGUCCGAUUUCCCCUAUGCAGGAACCUAUCAUCAUGCCAGUUGAGCCGAAGGGGUUCUUUGCUCAUGGCGUAAAAUAUGCGGGCCGUGCCUUGGCCGAAUGGAGCCUCGUCGUAGCCGAAUGUAACAGCUUUGUUGACCGCAGACGAGAGGAAGGUGUUCUCGGAUUGAGCGACGUCGAAGUACCGGCUCUCGGGGUUGAGGGCUUUAGAAAGUUGGCCUAGUUCUCCAAAAUACCAAAGGUUUAAUCUCCCGGGAGCCUGAGUUGCAUGCUACGGCGUCAUAUUACGAAAUGCUAAGUGGUCUUAUUUGUAGUGGAUUAAGGGCAAAAAAAGAACCAAUACGUGAAAGGAGUUAGGGGGUUACCACUUCGGGCCUUUAGUAUAUUCGAUUUCUCGGUCGAUAACUGGAUUUCGCAUUCGUGAAUUAAAUAGGUACCAAUCCAAAAAAGGGUCGGCGGCAUUCGUUUUCUUCACAUUGGAAUCGUUUUAAGGCGUUGAGAGGAAAUUGUCAUCUAUUCACUAAGGACUCCACAAUACCAUUGCAUUUCUCCAUUUUCCCUGUUGUGUAUCGGGUCUGGAUUGAAGAUCACUGAGAUAAAUUUCAGAGGAGUGGA